AUGGCGCGAAAAUAUAUCCCGAUCCAAGACAUCCCAAGACGAGGCGCUCCCCCACCCAACACCUUCGCCGUCGGAGGUCCCGAGAGUCCUAAAAUGAACAAAAGACUGUCUAGCAAUGGAGCUUCUCCAUCGCCAGACUUGGAGACUGGGAUGCAAACCAGGAGCAGAAAAAGAGCAGCACAUGCUAGCGCAGGCGAGAGCCUGAUCCGCCGUUCACGUCGUCGCCGGCAUUUUGACCGAGAACCUCUGAUUUCUGACACUUUACUCGCGGAUGUAGCGAACAUGGACAGCGAGAACGAAUUUUGGUCCGAGCCUAUAAUAAAGCGUACCCGUCUCCGUGAUCGCAUGAACGGCAGUCUAGAGGCUUUGAAUGACAUCACUCCUCGAGACGCACCCACUUCCAAGGCCCCUGUUGAAGGCGAUGACCAAGAUGGAAGUGCUACUCCUCUGGAGUCACAGAAUACUACGGAGGCCCCAACGACUUCAGCUACGCUCCCUAAGACAACUACUCAAAGUGCCCCUGCUCAGGUUAGAACCUGCUCUCCCAGUGAUCGUACCACAGUCGAACAGGAGCGCAAGACCCUCGGAGAACGCAUCGCUCACCAACUACUGGCCAGCAAGCGACUCCGGGAUGAGCGUGGCGAACUCUGGAAGAAAAUGGACCAGCUUGAGCAGCGCAUCCACGGGCACCAGGAGAUUAUGGGCAGCAACGAGGAAAACAAUGGAAUGGUUCAGCUGAGGAUGGAGUUGUGUGAGGAACUCCAGUCCAAGCUCUCUGGCAUGUACGAUGAUCUAGGGAAGAACCGUCUCGACUUGGACAAGAGCACUCUCAAAGUUGAUCUGCUGCUGAAAGAGAAAGUGACGUUGGUUGGCUAG